AUGGAGAACGGAGUUGUGAUCAUCGGGGACAGGAGAAUUAGCGGGCACCGUCGCUGUGUGAAUUACUACUGCUGGCCCUGGGCUGACGUCCCCUGGCCGCCAAAGGGCGGAGGGGACCGUCUACAUCUCAGCGGAUGGCACCUCAUCUGCCGCGAAGUUGGGCAUCGACAGGGCUCCGCAGAGGCCAGUACCGCAGGGGCUGUGGUCACGAGGGUCCCCCAGAGGCGUCCAGACGGCCCUCGCGCCCCCGGUGCCCGGGCCACCGCACGGCCGCAGCGAGGGGUCCCAGGGCCGGCGGGGAGGCCAGGUCGGGGCGGCCGCGGGGCACAGCUCCGGGGGCCCCGAGCGGCGCGCUCCCCGUCGCCCAUAGCCCUCCCCGACCCGGCACACGGACGAGCCAAGGGGCGGCCAGAGCCCCGGGGAUCCCCUCCUCCGCGGGCCCCCCAGCACCGGGCGCUGCCAUCCCACUCCUCCCUCAGACCCCAGAGCUCACCCACCUGCAACUGCAGUCUCCGAAGUCUCCACCCUAGUCUCGCUGCCUCCGCAGGCCUGACUGCGAUUGGCCUGAACCGCUGUCCCGUUAGCGCUUCUCCGAGUGUGACUGGCAGCGCGGAGCGCAGAGGCGGGCCUCCGUCUCCGCCCCUAGUCCAUCUCUCCUGGAGACCGCGGCUGGGCCGGGGAAACCUGCGCGCCCGGUGGGCGGGGCGUCGUGCGCGUCGCCGUCCGCACCGCCCCCUCCGCCGCGACGCCGGGAAGAAGGGGGCGGGGCCACGCCAGCGUCCGCGCCAUCAAAGCCGGCGUGGCGGCGAGGUCCUUUCUCGGUGCGUGGUCUCACCCGCCCCGCGGUCCCGCUUGGUACCGGCCAUGGAGGGCGUGCGCUGGGCCUUUUCGUGCGGCACCUGGCUGCCGAGCCGCGCGGAGUGGCUGCUGGCCGUGCGGUCGAUCCAGCCCGAGGAGAAGGAGCGCAUCGGCCAGUUCGUCUUUGCCCGGGACGCUAAGGCGGCCAUGGCUGGUCGUCUGAUGAUAAGGAAAUUAGUUGCAGAGAAAUUGAAUAUCCCUUGGAAUAACAUUCGUUUGCAAAGAACUGCAAAGGGAAAACCAGUUCUUGCAAAAGACUCCUUGAAUCCCUACCCCAACUUCAACUUUAAUGUCUCUCAUCAAGGGGACUAUGCGGUGCUCGCUGCUGAACCUGAGCUACAAGUUGGAAUCGAUGUAAUGAAGACCAGUUUUCCAGGUCGUGGUUCAAUUCCAGAGUUCUUUCAUAUUAUGAAAAGAAAGUUCACCAACAAAGAAUGGGAAACGAUCAGAAGCUUUAAGGAUGAAUGGACUCAACUUGACAUGUUUUACAGGAACUGGGCACUGAAAGAAAGCUUCAUAAAGGCCAUUGGUGUUGGACUAGGCUUUGAAUUGCAAAGGCUUGAAUUCGAUAUAUCCCCAUUAAAUCUGGAUAUUGGCCAAGUUUAUAAGGAAACACGUUUGUUCCUGGAUGGGGAAGAAGAAAAAGAAUGGGCAUUUGAAGAAAGCAAAAUAGAUGAGCACCAUUUUGUUGCCGUGGCUCUUAGGAAACCGGAUGGAUCCAGACAUCAGGGUGUUCCAUCUCCGGAUGAUUCGAAACCAACUCAGAGGCAGUUCACUAUUCUCACCUUUAAUGAUUUAAUAUCAUCUGCUGUUCCUAUGACCCCUGAAGAUCCUUCAUUUUGGGACUGUUUUUGCUUCACAGAAGAAAUUCCAAUACGAAAUGACUUGCAUCUGACCGGCAGUGAGGGCCGUGUCUCCUCUCACAUCUCAUUUCUGUCUGUGAAGAGGACUCCCCCAAGCCCCGCGUCUCCCCUCGGUUCCUGCUGACCCAGGUCCCUGAGAAAGCUGUUCUCCAGCAGUAUCUGCCUCUGUGGGAAGUGGACUCUGGGUAAGGAGGAGACUGAGGCGCGGUAGGGGGUAUGGCCGGGGCGGGGGUCGGGGGGACGUCCAUCCCACUGCCUGAGGCCUAAGCGGGGUGCACCAUGGCGCACGGAUUCCUUGCCCCGGGUUGGGCGUUCUGAUUGCAGUUUUUACAAUGGGCAUUGGUGCAGUGGUUGUCCUUGCAACCGUGUUGUGAGGUGUACGUGCUUAUUUCUGUCCUUAAGAAAAAUUCUGCAAGUGGUUCCCAAGGCUUGAGUGCUCUUAGAGCUUUGAUAAGUAAUGCCAGAUUUCUCCCGAAAGGUGUGAUUUCCACGUCCUUAGUGUCAGGUGUGUGACCAGCCAUCACUCCCACUAAUUUUCCCUGCUCAGCUAUAGAUAGGAGCCCUUUUUUAAUUUAAUCUUUGCCAAUAUAAGUGGAAAAUGGUAUCCUAUUUUUUUAAUUUGUAUUUCUUUAAUCAUAAAUGAGAUUGAUACAUCAUUGUUGUUAUUGACUGUUUUUAUUCCUUUUUUAUGAGCCACUUGUUCAUUGUCUUUGCGUCUUUUAAAAUCUAGCAAAUAGAACUUAAAGUGGGAACAUAAUAUGUAAGAUGCCAAGACUGUCCUGUCGACGACAGACUCUCUUUUCUGGCCGUAGUGCAUGUCUUGGGGAGUGCAAGUCUUGUUACUGUUAAAUAUCAAGAAAUGAAAUGACGUCAUUGUUUCUGUUACUAAAAUUAAAAAUUGUGUGUAAAUUGUAUAAAAUUAGGUACUUCGCUCAGUAAAAAAAAAAAAAGGAAUGUUUUGUAAUUUUUUUUUUUAUUUUAUUAAGCAUGCCCAAAUAUCCCAAGCGUAGUAAAUAAUGUGUUUUUAAAAGACCAUAUAGCAUCUGGAAUAGGAAACAGUGUUGUCCCUAGCAUGAAUGUAAUGGUGAAGUGAAAACCUGUCAUCUGUCUUGUCAUGAUAAUAAAGCAGUUAACUUUCCUGAA